AUGUCAAUUGCAGCACUGUUCAUACUUGAUUCUAAAGGAAGAACAGUUAUUAGUAGAAAUUAUAGAGGUGAUAUUCCUAUGAAUGCUGUUAAUCAAUUUGUAACUAAAAUAACAGAAGAAGAAGAAAUUAAUUUAUGUCCUGUAAUAUUAAUUCAAGACAUCACAUAUAUGUAUGUCAGACACAAUGGAUUAUAUUUUAUGGCAUUUACAGAUCAAAACAUUAAUUCAUUGUUAAAUGGGUCAUUAUUAAGGUCAGAAAUUCUAGGAACUAUUAAGAUUAAUUGUAAAUUAUCUGGAAUGCCAGAAUUAAGACUUGGACUAAAUGAAAAAAUUAAUAUUGGAGAUAGAAUGGAAAGUAAUAAAAAUCAAGUACAAAAAAGAGCUGAAAUGGAUGAUGUUAGUUUCCAUCAAUGUGUUAGAUUAAGUAAAUUUGAUAGUAAUAGAAUUAUUGGAUUUGUUCCACCUGAUGGAGAAUUUGAAUUAAUGAAUUAUAGAUUAACUUCAAAUAUUAGACAAUUAAUUUGGGUUGAAUCAGUAAUUGAUAGAAAGAAGAGAAAUAGAAUUGAAAUCUUAAUUAAAGCAAAAAGUUUCUUCAGAGAAGCUAUUAAUGCUAAUAAUGUUCAAAUUAGAGUUCCUGUUCCAUCUGAUGUCUUUAAUCCACAAUUUAGAUCAUCUAUUGGAACUUGUAGUUAUGAACCACAAAAUGAUUGUGCUUUAUGGUUUAUUAAAGUAUUUCCUGGUAAUCGUGAAUUUAUGAUGAGAGCAUCAUUUGAAUUACCAUCAAUAAGAGAUGAAGAAACUGAUAAAGAAAAGAAACCUGUUCGUGUUAAUUUUGAAAUACCAUAUUACACUGUAAGUGGUUUACAAGUAAGAUAUCUAAAAGUAGUUGAAAAAAGUGGAUAUCAAUCAUAUCCUUGGGUUCGUUACAUGACUUUUGCUGGUGAUUAUUGUUUUAGAACAUAA